GGGUCGUCGCGCCUGCGCAGUGUGGGCGGCGGGUAGCGCCGAGUGCGAGGCUCUUUUGUUCGUCCGAGGGGAGGGCCGUUGGCCGGGGCCUGCGGUACGCCGCUUCAGUGAGGGGCUCGACUGCGGCCACCGGCUUGUUGCUUUUCUGGGCGCCACUCCCCCGGCCGGCCCGACGCGACGCGCCAUUAGCGCGGCACCGAUUCCUCUCGGGCUCUUUGGCGCUGCUCUGAGCAGCGUCACCCUUUAGACCAGAAAGCUGGCGGGCACUAUGGGGAAGAAACAAAACAAGAAGAAAGUGGAGGAGGUGCUAGAAGAGGAGGAAGAGGAAUAUGUGGUGGAAAAAGUUCUUGACCGUCGAGUGGUAAAGGGCAAAGUGGAGUACCUCCUAAAGUGGAAGGGGUUCUCAGAUGAGGAUAACACGUGGGAGCCAGAAGAGAACCUGGAUUGCCCUGAUCUCAUUGCUGAAUUUCUACAGUCACAGAAAACAGCACAUGAGACAGAUAAAUCAGAGGGAGGCAAGCGCAAAGCUGACUCUGAUUCUGAAGAUAAGGGAGAGGAGAGCAAACCAAAGAAGAAGAAAGAAGAGUCAGAAAAGCCACGAGGCUUUGCCCGGGGUUUGGAGCCAGAGCGGAUUAUUGGAGCUACAGACUCCAGUGGAGAACUCAUGUUCCUGAUGAAAUGGAAAAAUUCUGAUGAGGCUGACCUAGUCCCUGCCAAGGAAGCCAAUGUCAAGUGCCCACAGGUGGUCAUAUCCUUCUAUGAGGAAAGGCUGACGUGGCAUUCUUACCCCUCGGAGGAUGAUGACAAAAAAGAUGACAAGAAUUAACUCUCCUGAGUACCAGCCCCUGUCACAUCUGACUGUGGGUUUCAAGUGGGGAGGGAAGGAAUUCUACUUGUCUUGGCACCAUAGAGGUGGCUUGAGAAGAUGUCCUUUGAAGAGCCAGUAUCGUUUCUGUGCCCUACAGCAGCCCAAGUGCUUUAAAGCCUUUCCAUGCUGUGUAGUUUGCACACCCAUCCCAGUGGAGGGGAAGGAGAAGUGUUGCAAGGCAGCCCAUUCUGUACUUUGCUGAGAAAGGCAAAGGGCCUUCCAUGAAGGACAGAACUUGCAGAAUGGGUGUGUGGGAAAGCAAAAGAUACUGUAGAUCUUCAAAGUGCAUCUCCACAACCCACAGCCUUCUUCCCAAUAGUGUUAACUCUGCAUUUUUACAGCGUAGCAUGUGUGUAGUUUUUGGCUAUUACUGGUGUAUUAUUUGGGGGUGGGAGGGUUGGGGGUGGGGAGGAACGGAGAUGGGUAGGAUCAUUUUUGUUAAAAUUUGGGGCCUGAUUGGGGAAAUGGUGAAACAAUGGAAAGAACAAACUUGUGGUGAUUCGGUUCUGUGUCCAGAAUAUUUUAUCUUUUCAAAAAGGUCAUUGGCAACCUAAAUGAGGACUGUGAGAGACUUCAAAAGCUGUGAAUGCCUGAAACUUAUAAGCCAAGGUGUUCCCUGCCUGAGCUUAAUGCUGUUCCCAGCAGAGGACUAAGCCAGUUAAUAAAUUACCAAAGCUGCCAUUUUAGGGAAGGAAACUGGUUGAAAAGGGAAGGUCUUUUUGGAGCGUAUGCAGAGGCAGAUGGUUCUGUUUUAGAGGUGCUAAUUCUUGAAAUUGAUAAGAAGACCCUUUAUUUUCCAAUUAUGAAGUUUUAAACAUCAGCUUGUCCAUCCAAGCCACUGGCUGAGGUAUUUGGGGAAGGGAAGAGGGUGGCAUAGAAGGUGAGAGAGUAGAAAAAGACAAGGGCCCACGCUCUUAGGGUGGAAAACUCUUUGAGCCUGUUAUUUGAACUUUGAACUCUGAAAUCCUUGGUGGCAGGGUUCAGUCACUGACAGCACAAGUUCACUGAAUCACUUACAGAGUUGAGUGAUUUCAAAAGCCCUGGUCUCAGGAGAAGAUUAAACUUUCAUACUGGGGCAGUGGUUCACUUUAAAACACAAAAAGUUUUUUUAAUCCUAAGAAUUAACUAAUACCCAAAAUGCUGUCUUGAAUCAAGAGAUACAUCAGUUCUUGACAUCGUCUAGACCUGUAUCUAGAACUCCAUUGUAAAAUCUUUUUAGGCAUGUGUUAGGUUUCUGUGAAAACUUUGUUUAAAUGUAAACUUCAUAUCACAUUGUCAGUUUUUGUCUUAAUAAAACUAUAGAUUUAUAA